UCUUCAAGGAUAAGAAACGCGCUUUACGAAUCCUUAUAUAUAAAUAAAUGUAUAUAUAGUACAGCAGAUUAGAAGACAUAGCAACGAAUCAAAAUAAUCAAGAGAGAGAAAGGAAGGAAGCAGGCGAUAAUGGCGGAUCAAGGAACAGUUGUGGGAGGAGUUCGCGAUAUAGAUCCAAAUGCAAAUGAUCUCCAAGUCGAGAGUCUCGCUCGUUUCGCUGUCGAUGAGCACAACAAGAAGGAGAACGUGACACUGGAGUACAAGAGGCUCCUUGGUGCGAAAACACAGGUUGUGGCGGGAACGAUGCACCAUCUCACCGUGGAGGUGGCUGAUGGUGAGACCAAUAAGGUCUACGAGGCCAAGGUUUUGGAGAAAGCCUGGGAGAAUCUCAAGAAGUUGGAGCACUUCAACCACGUUCGCGAUGUUUAAAUGCGAGUAAACACAUCUCAGGCUACGUGAUAAGAGUCCCUUGUUUAACCAAAGUAUAUUUUAAAUAAGUGAAUGUGAAUCCAGUCCAUGUGUUCUGAUUUGAUGAGGGGUGUGUGUACGGAACUGGUGAUUUGUGUAUCUCUCUGACUUUCGUUUGUGUAUUAUUUCAAGUUGUCACUUUAUUAUACCUAUCUACCAUAUGAUUUUUACGAUA